AUGCCAACGUCCAAGCUUUUUGAGCAAUGCCCCCCUUUCCCCUCGGGUUUGCCCGUGGUGGCCCUGACCAAAGUCUCUCUCUCGGCGCUGGAACGCAAUUGUCCAGCAGAAGCCCAGAAGCUCCUUUCCGCAUGUCAACAGUGGGGUUUCUUUCUCCUGGAUAUGUACGAUUCCGACCGAGGAACGGCAAUGCUGCAAUAUGCAGAAGACAUGUUUUCUCUGACGGGCGACCUAUCGGAGAUGGACCACGACACGCUGAACAGAUAUCAUCACACACCUCCCGAUUUUACACGGUAUAAGUCGAUCGGGACCACCAAGACAGCGCCCGGACAGUUCGACCACAUCUACGUCUACUCUAUCGCCCAGGAUGACAUGCUCCAAAACGCUUCCGCCGAGCCCCAGCUCCCUCACCCGGAGACCAUCACUCGCAAGACAGCCCAAACCCGCGACUUCAUCUCCUGCAGCCAUGCUGUGUUGGAUCGUGUGCUCGCCAGCCUCGAGACGGGCCUCGGCAUCGCCCCCGGAACGGUCUCCGCCAUGUGUCCUCCCGCGGAACGCUCUGGGACCCUCGUCCGUCUCAUCUGGACCCCUCCGAGCGCCCAGCAACCCGACUACCGUCAAAUCUCCUUUGGUGGCCAUACCGACAUGGGUAUCAUGACGCUCCUCUUCAACGUCGCGGGCGGGCUGCAAGUCCUUCCCCCGGGUGCGGCCAACGUGCACGAGAACUGGCAGUUUAUUCGUCCGGAGCCUGGCUGCGCUGUCGUCAAUGUCGCCGACACCCUCGAGCUGUGGACUGGGGGCCUGCUGCGCAGCUCCCUGCAUCGGGUCGUCACGGCCCCCGGGGACCAGGCGAUGGUUCCGCGGAGAAGUGUGGCGUAUUUACUGCGGCCGAGACAGAAUGCGUCGUUGGCGCGUUUUGUGGGGGGCAUUGUCCCGCCGUUGCAGCCUGGGGAGACGAAUGAGACCAGGUCGGUGGAUAAAUGGAAUGAGUGGAGGUCGCAGCAGAUCCUGAAGGGGCAGCUGAAGAAUGCACCUACGAGGGAACGGGGGAGAGAGAGUUCAGAUGGCAGCUUGUGUAAGGAUCCGGGAAGCUCAGGACACGGGGGUAAAGCAUAG